AUGUACCAACCACAGGGAGACUAUCCAUCACGGUCACCUCCGCCGCUUCAGCACCCUAUCCCCACCCACCCGCCGUUCAAAGUCCCCGAUCCGCCCAUCUCGCCUAAUCCAGUACCACAAGCCUCGGUGACAGAUCCACACGUCUCGGCCGCAAAUCGUCGAGGAGGACCUGCGGCCAAUUUGCAGGCGUCCGCAGGUGGCGGGUACCAGCGAUUCGCAUCUCCGCCCAUUCAGUCGCCUCCUACGCAACCGUAUGCUGCUGCUUCUUCGUCGUCGUACGGCCAGCCUGGUGCUGCACCUACUCAGAAUUACUUUACCAGCGCUGCAGGCGGCAAUGUAGCUGGGCAGCAGCAGGGUUGGGGAGGGUUUGGUGGAUUUUCCGGCGCAGGCGGAGUUCCGAUCAUGAACGAUGCUACCGCACAGAUGGGUGUUCAGUUCGGACAACACAUGGCUGCCGUGGGAGGCGAAUAUGUUCAGAAAAACUUUAACGCUCUUCUCCCCAUGCCUGUUCUCAAGCACUACUUCAACGUCUCCAACUCGUACGUUCUGCACAAAUUGCGUAUUGUACUGUUCCCAUGGCGACACAAACCUUGGUCUCGUGCACAUCGCCAUUCAGCCGCUGUUGGUGGAGUAGGGUCAGCUUAUGCGGAAACGCCAUCCGGUAUUAAGACCGCUUCUUCUGGCGCAGAAGGAUUCCUACCACCACGAGACGAUGUCAAUUCGCCCGAUCUUUACAUCCCCACCAUGGCCUUUGUCACGUACAUCAUCGUCACAUCAGUCAUCCUGGGUCUCGAAUCGCGCUUCCACCCCGAAGUGCUUGGCCUACGUGCAUCGCGCGCGCUCGCCAUCAUCCUCGUCGAACUGGCAGCGAUCAAAUUUGGAACCUACAUCCUCAACAUCCAAGGCGAUCACACCAUGAUGGAUCUGCUUGCGUACUCUGGCUACAAAUUCGUCGGUACGCUCAUCACCUUGUUGGUUGGCUUGUUAAAGGUGAGGGGGCUGGUGUACUGGAGCGUGUUUUUGUACUGCUUUGCAGCCAACGCGUUCUUCUUGCUCAGGAGUCUCAGGUAUGUUGUGCUCCCCGAUCCGAGCUCGCCCAGCAGCCAGACAAUUACGCACGCACAGAGGUCAAGAAGGAUCCAGUUCUUGUUUUGUAUCGCCGUCGUGCAGAUCGUUUUCGGUUGGGCACUCAUCAUUGGUAUCUUCAAGGACGCUCCUGUGUCCAAGAAGGUGGUGUAG